AUGGUUACGAAGCUACGCACAGCACACGGACUCCAAGGUCUCUCCAGGAGUGCAGAUUUCACUGCUCGGCACAGUCGACUCGCUGCGCUCGCAUGGUCUCGCACGCUUUCUCCAAAGAUAUUCCUACGCAUUGAGAUCUGUGGGCCUGAUCGCCCAUACCUUACCAUUGUCGAUCUACCUGGUCUGGUUCAUUCUAAAAACAAGUACCAAUCUGCAUCCGACAUUAGCCUCAUCCAACGCCUUGUGACCCGCUACAUGAAGCAGAAGAGAAGUAUCAUCCUUGCUGUUGUAUCGGCAAAGAACGACUACGCCAACCAGAUCGUCCUGAAACUGGCUCGAACGGCGGACCCCGAUGGCAUGCGGACACUUGGUGUCAUCACGAAGCCAGAUACACUCAAUGCAGGACCCGAAUUAGAGCGAAGCUUCCUGUCACUGGCACGAAACCAAGAGGUCACAUUCCGCCUUGGAUGGCAUGUGUUGAGAAAUAGGGACACUGAAAGGGAGCUAUGGACACUUGAUGAGCGCGACGCUGAUGAGUCUUACUUCUUAUCGUCCGGCGCUUGGGCAAGCCUUGCACCUGAGUGUCGGGGCAGCACAUCCCUGAGGGCGGCUUGA